AUGGCUUCCUCAAGACCCGCCGACAUGCUUUGCGACAGCAGCGGCGGCAGCAACACGGGGGAAGCCCUCGGCGAGAUCACAAACCGCUCAACAGCUCCUUGUCACACACCAGGCCCCUACGUCGAAGGAAUGGUGCUGGACCUGCCCGUCAACUGGACACGUGGUACGCCCUCCGAGGAGCGAGUUCUCUUUACUGUCACCAAAGUCUUCGAAGUCGCCAUGUCGCCUGUAAUGGAGGUACAAUGGUCCUCGAGCCCCGGAAAGGCCCCUAGCGUGAAGGCUUGUUGGCAGCGAUACGUGCAGUCGGGGCAAGCACCAGGGUUCUUCGAAUACAUCAAGGAAAUGGACAAGCAGGGGCGCCAAUGGUACAUCGAUCCACUGGAAGGCGAGGAGGACACCGCCGACACAUGGGAGACGACCGCAAAGAAAGAGGGCCUGUUGCAGUAUCGGCUUCUCCAGAGUCUGAAGACUGAGAUCCGGGCUUAUAAACACCUCGAGAAGCUGCAAGGCAAAUGCGUACCACUCUUCUACGGAACGACAUCUUUCUCCCUCACACCACUUGGGUCGGACCCACAAUUCUUCCGCGUUGAUGGCAUCCUCACCCAGCACAUUGACGGCUCCACAUUGGACAGCCUACUGGAGAUGGCGGAGGCGUCGCCAGAUGUUGAUUACCAAGGGUUGGUUCAGCGCGUGGUGGAGGUUGCUGAGGAUGUUAAUACGUGUGGCGUUGUUAAUGUUGACUGCGUUCCUCACAACAUGAUUAUUCAAAUAGGCUCCAUGCAGCCAUUUGAGUUCGAUUUCUCCCAAUGCUCUUUCAGGGAGGACUUCGCCAGCGAGGACGAAUACAAUGAAAAUGUUAGGUAUUGCGGCAACCCCGUUGGUUUCGCAGCCGUCGUGGCUAAGAGACUGAGCAGAAAGUUCAAACUUGGGAUUCGCAUUAAGUAUGGUCCAUGGAUUGGCACAGAGAUCAUUGCACCCACCCGGGUCACCGCUUCUUGGGACUGGAAUAAGGUCGUGCGCGCCGACUACGCCGACAUUGACUACAUGCGGCUAGCCCUCGAGGCGAAAGAGCGCUGGGCAAACGACGCACUCUGGAAACCAUUCUAUCACGAGAGCGGGGCAUAUUGGGUCUCAACGACGGACUUUUCACGGCGAGUCUAG